CUCGGAAAGCCUCGGUACACAUCCGCCUAUCCCGAAAUAAAAACAAAAAAUAUUUGAAAGUUUUCUGAGCUGUGCCAGUCUUUGGUUUUAUAGAUAUUUUACUAUGGGUGGAUGCUGCUCAGCACAGAUACGGUGCUGGUGUGGGCCGGCCUCCUGUGGCCUGUGCUGUCGGUUCCUGCCGCAGAUCAACGAAUCGACCGCCACUCGUUUCAUGUAUACACUAAUGCUGAUCAUCGGCUUUGUCAUGGCCUCACUGAUGCUUUCUCCUCAAUUGGAACAAGCUUUUAUUGAUAAUGUACCUGGUUUUAAUGAAACUUGUGUUGGAUUGAUGGCAGGUGAAAACUGUAGUAAACUAACAGGAUACAAAGCAGUGUAUCGCUUGUGCCUAGGAAUUGUGGCCUACCAUUUAGUUUUAUGUCUCCUCACAGCAUGUGUCAAAUCUAGCUCUUAUUGUCGAGGCGGAAUACACAAUGGGUAUUGGUUUUGGAAAAUUUUAUUUUUCAUUGGUUGUAUUGCGGGAUCUUUUUUCAUGCCGAACAUGUUCAGGCUUUAUUGGAUGUAUGUAGGAAUGAUUGGAGGAGUAAUAUUCAUCAUUUUCCAGUUGAUAUUGUUAGUGGAUUUUUGUCAUUCCUGGAAUGCUAAAUGGGUUGGAACUAAAGCAGGGAGAAAAAAUUGUUGUGGUUAUUUAGGUACGCUGAUCUUUGCCGCUAUUUUCUAUAUGGUCAGCGUUGCCGCAGUUUUCAUGUUGUUCUGGAACUACACAAGUUGGGAGGGCUGCCUCCACAACAAGAUUUUCAUCGGCGUUAAUACAUUUCUGUGUAUUGUUCUGUCAGGAGUCACCAUUGUGCCAGCUGUUACAAAAUUUAACCCAAACACAGGAAUUCUCCAGGCGUCUGUGAUUACGUUUUACGUGAUGUAUCUCACUUGGUCAGCCUUGUCCAGUGAACCACCAGAAGACAUCAUAAAGUUGGAAAACACCAUAAAGAUUGCUUAUUCAAAGCUAGUGGAUGUGAAAAAAGAAGAGGACAUGUUCAUGUCUAUGGAUGGAAUAGAGGAUAUGAGAAAUAUCCACAGCAUGUCCAUGUCUAACUCCACACAGUGUCGUCCUAGUCCCACAUUUGACCACAUGGAAAUGAUAUCCGCCUAUGCUGGCUUGGUCAUUAUGUUCGUUAUGGUCAUCUACUCAAGCUUGGAAACCUCCAUUGCCUCCCAUCGUUUGGGAGUUCAGAGGACCUUUGCAGCAGUACAGGAGAGAUACGAAUGUUGCUGCUGCUGUAAAGUGACAGGAAGAGGUAACCAUUCAGAGAAAGGGGGUCAACGGGUCAAUUAUAAUGAAGCAGAUGCCACAAUUUACAAUUAUGCCUUUUUCCACUUUCUGUUCUGUUUGGCAAGUUUAUAUGUUAUGAUGCAGCUCACAAACUGGUAUAGGCCAGAAGAAUCCGAUCUGAACAGAUUUGGACUGAAUUGGGCCGCAGUAUGGGUCAAGAUGGGCUCCAGCUGGGCAUGUGUGUUCAUUUAUCUGCUGACGUUAUUUAGACCGCAAUGCUGUCCAGGAAGAAACCUUACGUUUAGGAGAACUGGUGAAGUUAUGGUUCCCGGGGAGGGUGAUGCAAUGGGGAGAGAAAGCAGAGUGUGAUUCAGAUAUAGUGACAAAAAUGGAUAAAUAUAUAUAAAGCACUGUUUAUCAACUGAUGAACUGUGUGGUUUCAAUAUGAUGGUACAUGUACAAGUGUAUCUACUUACAUACAUGUACCGGUAAUUGUAUUUUUCCCUAUUAUUCCCUUGGAGCCUCUUAAUUGCCAUUUUUAGCCAACCCAAUAGUGUACCUGCAUAAUUGUUAGCUUGAUUUUUUCAUACUGUUAUCCUUUCCAAUGUAUAAAAAAUAUUCAAGAUUUUUUGAUACAUUCAUUGUUAAAUUUGUAAAAGAAUGCAAUAUUUCAACAUACGUUUCAUUUAUUUUGUACUAUGUAAAAUAACUCUAACACGUAAACAAAUUCAAUGUAUUGUACAUACUUUUAUAGAGGAGAGCAUAAUACAUGUACAGUUUAUGUUUUAAUUGUGUAACAAAAAAGAAGAAUGUAGAAAUGGCGCUGUAAUGUUUAAGGAAGGAUGCUAGUCAGACAAAGUCUUAACCAAAUGCUAACAAUGUAUCAAUGAUUUAUACAUGCAAUAUAUAUAUAUAAUAAUGACUGUGUUUUUCUGUUGUGGUAAAAACUUUGAUGACUUUUGGCUCUUUUUUCUUGACAUCCACAUUUUUUUUACUUUUUAAUGAUCUGUUUAUUGAAUUCCACUUCCAUGGACGAAUAAGACAUGUCAUCUUUUCUGUUUUCGAUAAUUUUAUUUGUUUCUUGUCAUUAACAUGUUGAUGUGAUAUUUUAUUUAGUGUAUUGAAUGUUAAGGUUGCCUAAUUUGCAUUGAAAUACACAGUACACAUUUAAUUUUGGCCCCAUGUUACUUUCAAAUAUUCACACUUGUUAAAGAUUUUCCGCUUCCCUCCAUUUUAAGUUGGUCCUUACAUAGUUUUUCAGUUUUGAAGGUUUUUUUUUUUUUUACCAGGUCUUGUUUUAUAUUCACACAAUGCCAGUAAGGGUAAAUGAGGAGGUGAAUUAAAUGUGGGCAAAAAUUUCUCUGUAAAACAGUAGGUUGUGAUUUACAUGUACCUGUAUAUUAACACUGUUUAUUUUUGAUAACUAUUAAUCAUUUAUACAGUCAUGUAUCUCAUUUAAAUAUUAGAUUUCCACAUGUUAACCCCCUUGGUAUACCCCUAAACGAAGAAGUAUAUGGAACAGAUAUUCUGCAUCUAUAUGAAUGUUGUAUCAUUUUUACUGUAUAUACAAUAAUCAAGUAUUUUUGUUGAUACAUUUACGCAUUGGUUUACAGUCAUAGUGCAUAAGCACGACGUCCUUAAAUUUGUUCAUAUUUAGAAUUACUUUGAAAAUUCUAAAAUGUCCCAAUAGAGGUUUUUUGUUUGCUUAUUGUCUUUUUUAUUUUCUCUGGAUAAUUUUAGAGGAGUUUGAUGGGGCAAUAGCUGUUUUAAUAUGUAUUAAAUUUUAAUGUUUACUUUUAAAUGGAUGUCACUAUGUUUGUUUAAUGACAGUUGCUCUGACAUCUACAUAAAUUAUUACGCUGAUCAGAUAAAUGUUCAUGUUUGGCUGUUAGUCAAUGGCCAAAGUGCUCUACAAAAUCAUCUAUGUAAAGUAUUGUUUGCCUCUUAUGGAGUCCAAUUUGACAGACUUUACUGUAGUUUCAUCAAUAUUCUUUGAAUACCAAUUUUCGUGGAUUUUGUUUUUAAGAUCAACCAUGAAUUUAAAUGUUCAUUAACGUGCAUUUUCUAUUAAGAAUUUGUAUUGAUAGGGUCAUUGGCCACGAAUUAAAGUAUCCUUGAAACUGUGAUUUUCACUUUAUCCAUGAAAUUUGAUACCCUUGAAUAUUAAUGAAACUACAGUAUUAUAUUGUUAGAUCAUGGUUAUUGUAAAAUUACUGUAAUUUCAAAACUUCUUCUGUUUUUAGGUUUGCCUAUCAUAUGCUUCUCCGCUUACUCCCCAAGAAUUGAAUAGAUUAAUAUGUUGAGGCUGAACUGUUGAAAAAAAAAUGUUUCAAAUAUUCUAUUGAAGUUAAAAAUGUACUUGUUCUAUGAAAUAUAGAUUAUUCGUCCAAUCUUAACUGACACCCGUAACAUUAUUACAAAAUCUUUUACAUGAUUUCCUUACCAUUGAUUCCUUAUUUUAACAAGAUUUCUUUUAUUUAUUUUUUUUUAAUCAAGUCGUCGAUUAUCAUCCUUUAUAGUUUACAUCUGUCAGAAAAGUAAUAGAUUUAAAAAUCUGCAAGGGUUGCUUCUUGUGAGUUUACGCGGAUAUUUGCUUCUCAUGUUUAAUAGGAAUCGAUACAGUAUUAGUCCCCAGAUACAACGGACAGGAGAAACUCUAAUUUUGUUGUUCAUAAAUUAAAUUAACAGGGAAAGAGGCUUAUCCAAAUGCUGGUGUUUAAAGUAACUUGAUUUAUGUAUGACUUUUGUAAUCAUUUUAUAAAAUGAAUUAUACAUGCAACCCAUAUAGUUUAUACGGUAUUUAACUAGAAGCCAUGGUAUUUUGUAAUUGAUUCACGAUAGAUUGAUUAUAUGACCAGUAUUAGUUUUCCAUUGUAUUGAAAUCUAUACUGUGAUGCGCAGAUUUUGCCUUCCUCCAGUACAUACUGGGUAAUAUAUUUCAAUGUGUUUUAAGCUAAAUGUUUCUCACGUAGAUUUAAACUGUUUACCAAUUUGACAGUGAUUCACACGUUGGUUGUAUACUACGACACUAACUCACGGGUAUCGCUCCACCUUCACAAAAAGGUACUAGUGAGGUUUUCUGAUCACAUUUUAAUCAUUAUCUCUUAAUUUUUUAUUGUAACCAAUUGGCUAUUUUCAUUCAAACUUAGCUUUCAGUCUGGUUACUUGUAAAAUGGCUUUUGGGGUUUUUUACUGUGUUUUGAGAAAUGUUUUUACAUAAUUUGAGAAAAUGAUGUAAUAAAGUUUGUACAUUAUGAAUAAUGCUUUUAGACAUGAUUAAGGUCUGUAUUUUGUUUUGUUUAUACUUUGUAAAAGCAAGCAAUGUGACCCAUGCGUUUUGAUUUUGAAAUUUUUAUUACAUGUACUGUGUUGUGGUAUUCAUGUACAUAUAUGCAGGGAUCCAAAAAAAUUUCAUGAGGUGGGGGUGGAGGAUCAUAUAGAUAAUUGUGUUUUUUUCGGGGGGGGGGGGGGUAUAAACCGUAGAUUUUAGUCCAUACAUGACACAAAUCUUGUAUAGAAUCUACAUUUUAUUUGAAUAUAUGAAUGAGUUGUUAGACAGUGGUCAGACAAUAUUUUAUAUUUUAAUCUUGCAUACAAAUUAAAUUCAUCUCUUGUAGUACAGAAAUACCAGUAUUCUCGUACAUGUUGUACAUAUGUUCUUUUAUGAUUUCUCUUACACAAAUAUGGUCAUGAAUAUUUUUUUUUGUUAUUGUUGUAUACCCAAGUUGUAUAACAUUUACAAGUAUAGUUAUCUGAAUAUGUUCUUAUUAUACAUGUAUUUCUUUAGAGUAAAAAAAAACU